AUGGCCUCGGGCACAGCUAAGAUAAUGAAGGAGGAAGCCACCUGCCCCAUCUGCCUGGAGCUGAUGACUGAGCCAGUGAUCAUAGACUGUGGACACAUCUACUGCCGUUCCUGCAUAGUAGAAAAUCUUGCGAUCCAGAAAAAGCAGUCACUUUUCCGGAAAAACUUAAAAUGUCCUUUAUGUAACGCACAGUUUCAAAGGGAGAGCAUCCGGCCCAGUAAGCAGCUAGGAAACCUCAUUGACACCAUUAAGAAGAUGGAGCAGGAACAUCUGUGUGAGGAACACGGAGAGAGGCUCUGUCUAUUCUGUGAAGAUGACGGUCAGCUCAUCUGCUGGCACUGUGAGCGGACACCACGGCACAAAGGGCACACCACGGUCCUUGCUGAAGAUGCCUAUCAAGGCCACAAGGAACUAUUCCAGGAAACUUUGACAUACCUGAGAGAACAAGAAGUCAAAAACAAGGAAUGGCUACGGAACAUAAGAGACAAAAUUAUAAAAGUUCAGUCUGAAAAUCUGCAAGAAAGAAAUUUUAUCAAGUAUAUCUUUAAGAUAUUUCACAUGAUCCUACACAUGGAGGAGCAAUCUUAUCUCUGGAGACUGGAGAAUGAAGAAGAGCAAGUUCUGAAGAGGCUGCAGGAGAGUGAAUCCCAGCUGGAGAAGCAAAGCCAGGAACUGAACAAACACAUCCUGGAGCUGGAGAGGAGAUGUCAGGGCUCAGCCCAGGAGUUACUGCAGGAUGUGACAGACACUUUGGACAGGAUUUCGGCUAUGAUGUUAAAUGAACCAGAGGAUGUCUCAUUGGAUAUUCAUGCUAUGCCUGAUUUUGAUAGCAUUUCCUGUCAAUUGAUAAAAAUGUUUGAGACUGAUUAUGUUAAAGUCACUCUAGAUCCAGAUACAGCUCACAAUAGCCUACUUGUGAAUGAGGAUGAAAACAAGGUGACUGGUGGAUCACCCCAAGUGAAGCAUGAAACUCCUGCUAGGUUUAAAGACUUGCCCUGUGUUCUGGGAUGUGAGGCCUUCACCUCUGGAAAAUAUUACUUUGAAAUAUAUUUUCGAGAAGGAUCCGAGUGUGACGUCGGAGUUUGUCUGGAAAAUGUGCCAAGAGACAAUGGCAUGAGACGGGAUCCUGACUCUGGAUUCUGGGCCAUCAGAUAUUGCAGAGAUGAUGACUAUGUAGCUCUUACCUCUCCCCUAACUCAUCUUCCUCUGCAGAAUGUUAACUAUAUAGGGGUUUUUGUGGACUAUGAGUCCGGACUUGUCUCCUUUUAUGAUGUGGUAACUGCCUCACACAUCUUCACUUUCCCAAAGGCCUCUUUCUCUGAGUCUAUCAGGCCUUAUUUUUGUAUUGGUGAAGAUUCUAAUCUGUAUACACAGUCAGCAUGCUUUUAA